AUGAUGAGGACGGCGACGGCAACAAGUGCUGCUGUUGCUGCGACUGCAGGCCGUGUCGGUGUCGGCUUGCGACGACUCGGAGUGAACCAUGCUCAUGUUUGUGCUGGUGUUGGGACUCGUCAACUUGGACUGGGUACUUCGCAACGACGACACCAAUUCUCGACACUUAUUGUCAACCGGAUCGCUGGUGCUGGUGCUGGUGCUGGAUUUGGGGUGCGAUAUAUGACCACGACCACUUCAUCAGGAUUGACUAGCUCGAACAACCACGACGGUACCGAUGAUGAUAAGACGAAAGGGAAAGGCGAUAUCCUCUGCGAUGUUAGACCUAUUUUGAACGAUAUCCUUGCUGGAACUACCACCAAUACCGAUACCAACACCAACGGCGAUACCGGCACAGUCGCCACAAUCACAAUCUCCCACGCUCGACGCCUCAACAGCCUCAACAGCCACCUAAUCACCAAACUCACGAACACACUUUAUCACCUAUCCGAUUUGCGUUACUAUCCGGACCUACGUUGCGUAGUGAUUCGAGGCGCUACAUCUCCAUCUCCUUCUAACUCCUACUCCCCAAACCACUCCCAGAGUCCAACACGCACCUACACACCUUCAUUCUCUUCCGGCGCCGACAUCCACGAAAUGUCCGACCUCUCGACACCCGCCGAAGCCAAACACUUCAUCACGCACCUCCACAAAGCCUGUCACGCCAUCCGGUGUCUACCCGUAAUCACCAUCGCGAAAAUCGACGGCCUCUGUUUCGGCGGCGGAUUAGAACUCGCGGCAUCAUGCGAUUUCCGCUACGCGACCGCUCGGUCAACGUUCGGAAUGCCCGAGACAAGAUAUGGUAUUCCGUCCGUGAUUGAGGCGCGCUUAUUGGCGAAUAUUGUUGGGUGGCAGCGGACGAGGGAGCUGGUGUAUUUUGCUAAAAGCGAUUAUUCUGCGCAGAAAAUGUUGGAGUGGGGGUUGAUUGAUGAGGUGUGUGAUGAUGCUGAAGCGCUGGAAAAGGGAGUUGAUGAGAAGGUGAGGUUGAUCGCGAAGAAUGGACCGAUCGCUAUGAGAGUGCAGAAGAGUUUGGUGAGGGAGUGGGAGGAGUGUGGUACGGUGAAUGAGGGUGUUGAAAAGGGUAUUGAGGCGUUUGCGAGGAUGUGGGUGGAUGGAGGGGCGGAGCCAAGGAGGUAUAUGAGGGAGUUUACGGAGAGGAAGAAACGGGAGAAGAGUGAGGGAAAGGGUGAAAGAGGAGGAGGAGGGUAA